GAAAGGACAACUGACAUCACUGGGGGGCGGGGCCGCGGUACUAAGAAAAGUCGGCGGGACUGGGAGACUGCAUCUGUGGGGUGCAGUCUCAGCAUGGGCUACCACAACCGCUCAGAUCUCCAAGGCCUGGGCUGCUCCAGCCAGCUGCUCCUACAGCCCCUCUGGGACACCCUGAGGACCGGGGAGGCGUUUGUGCGUUCACCCUUUUUCCCGGUCAUCUUUUCCAUCAUUACUUACUUGGGCUUCUGCCUGCCAUUCGUGGUGCUGGAUGUCCUAUGUCCCUGGGUGCCCAUGCUACGACGCUACAAGAUCCACCCCGACUUCUCGCCUUCCGCGAGUCAGCUGCUGCCUUGCCUAGGGCAGACGCUCUACCAACACCUGGUAUUCGUGUUCCCGGUGACGCUGCUACACUGGGCUCGCAGCCCCGCGCUGCUGCCGCCUGAGGCUCCUGAGCUAUUCCAGCUCCUGAGCCACGUCCUGAUCUGCCUGCUGCUCUUCGACACCGAGAUCUUCGCAUGGCACCUCCUGCACCAUAGGGUGCCCUGGCUGUACCGAGCGUUCCAUAAGGUGCACCACCAGAAUGCAUCCUCCUUCGCGCUGGCCACGCAGUACAUGAGUGUCUGGGAGCUGUUUUCGUUGGCCUUCUUCGACGUGCUGAACGUUGCGAUGCUGCAGUGUCACCCACUCACCAUUCUUACCUUCCAUGUGGUUAACAUCUGGCUGUCGGUGGAGGACCACUCAGGCUACGACUUCCCGUGGUCCACUCACAGACUUGUGCCCUUUGGCUGGUACGGGGGUGUGGCUCAUCACGACCUGCAUCACUCUCAGUUUAACUGCAACUUUGCUCCUUACUUCACACACUGGGACAAAAUGCUGGGCACCCUGCGUUCCUCAGACUCCCGAGAGUUGUGCACUUUACACUUGACCCAGGAAAAGAAACAGACUUGAGUUAUUUUUAUUUUCAGAAGCAAGUAACUUAUUAGACUACAAACAUUAUACAAUCUGAUGUGUUUCUGCAAUCCGACAAAGUAAUUUAUAUAAUGUUUGUGUAUCAAUUUAAGUAUAGUCUUGGUGUCAAAAUUCAGCUCACUCCAAUGUCAUUGACUUCAGAACACAAGCUAGACACUCAGCAUAGUAUAUUUGAAUUAUAAUCUCUAGAAUGAUUUGUCUGUAGAACCAAGACUUUCCUAGGUCUGAAAUCAUGCUGAAACUGGGCUAAGCACACAUGUUGGUGCAACACCUGAUUUCUGACUCUUUAAAUAAUCCAACUUGUUCCUGCUGGGCAGUGACCAAGGUUAUAGUAUUUUUUCUAUAUUUUUGAGUGAAGUGAUUUAUUUAUAUUGAAAGAGUUUUAUUUGUACUUUAAAAAUAAAAAGAACAUGAACUAAACAA